AUGAAAUCGAAUGUUGGUAGUUCAAAUGCAGGUACUAAUGGUUCACCAAUCAUCCUAUUGAAUACUUCAGAAGAAAUCAAUGGUUAUAGAAUUGCAAAAAAGAAUUUAGCAAUGGAAAAAGAUUUAGAAACCAAACAGUUUAUAGAAAGUCAAAAAAAUAGCAGUAGAUCCAAGAAAUCUCGAUGA